AUGUCAAUUCCACGAGAAGAGCAAAAGGUGGAGACAUUCCAUAAUGUGGUAAUAGGAAUUGGUGAUAUCGGAGGAAUUGGUUCACUCGAUGCUCACAAAAUUGAGCCAGCGACUCCGCCAACCGUAGUCAGCCCCGCUAUUCCAACCCGUUUGAAAUAUGAAAAACCGAAUUGUGCAGUCUGUAAUGAAGUUGGAGAUGGAUUGCACUUUGGAGCAGAAGCAUGUCGAGCCUGCACUGCAUUUUUCCGCCGAAGUGUGGCACUGAACAAAAAAUACGAAUGUCGAGCAGGCGGAAAUUGUGAAGUUGCUUCGAACAUUCGUUGCAUAUGUCGUUCGUGUCGGUUUGACAAGUGCAUCAACGUUGGAAUGAAUCCAGAAUGUGUGCAAAACCGUCGUGACACACUUGACUCUGGAAAAGACGAACCGAUGGCAAAGUCUCCAAGACUUUCUGAUAUCAUAAUGAAACCAAUCGCCCAAUUCAACAGUCCACAGAUGUCUCAAUUAUCAACUCCUUCUACUUCUCUCCUGGAUUUCUCAGUUUUCAAAGAUCCAUCGACCAGUAAUUUCUCUGCAUUUUCCCCUGCUUCUCUACCGGGACUCAGUUCUUCUCCAUCUCUAGAAACAAUGCCUCUUCUGGAGAGAAUGAGAAUUAACUAUGAGAAAAUGGAGAAUGCAAGAAGUGUGAUUCAUCGUCGUGAAGGGGAGAAUAUAUUCCAGCAAAAAGUUCCGAGACCUAUAAAUUUCCGACAAGCAACCGAGUGCACGACGAAAGAAGUUUCACUUGUUGCUGAUUGGGUUGAAUGGUGUUUCGAUGACUUUGGAUCAUUGCCAGUCAAUCAGAAGACUAUUUUGUUUCAGAACUUUUUCAUUUACUUCUGUAUGCUGGAAAGAGCAUUCAUGACAGUUAAAAGUGGGAAAGAUGGAAUUUGUGUGAUGGCUUCAAAAGACUACAUUGACUACAAUAAUCUGGAAGGAUUCUUCGAAGGAUGUGGUAGUGGAACAAGCGGAACUCCGGCAGAUAUUGCAAAACUUUGCAGACUUAUUCGACCGUCGUUCGAUCUUCAGAAGAGAAGUCUCAUUAACUUGAUGCGAAUAGAGAAUGUGGAUAACUACGAGUUCUUCGCACUCUGUGUUAUGCUUUUCUGGGAUUUCGGAUUAGAAGGACAGUCGGAUGCAUGUAAUGAAGUCGGACGAAGAGUAAAGCAUCGAGUCACAAGAGAAAUGACUUUUUACUUGAGAAAUGUGAAGAAACACGAAGAACCACUGUAUCGGAUGGCUAGUGUUGUAUCGAUUCUCCCGUCUCUCCAGCGAGCCGUCCGUCGUUUCCAAGAAGACAUCGAAAUGGCAAGUAUCUUCAACAUCUACGCCCUCCCAGCCAAUUUCUAUAACAUUGUAAACGGAAAGUUCACGUGA